CACCCACCCAUCCACACACUCACACCUCCCCCAGCUCACCUCCUCCACACCCCAGCAUGGCCGCAUCCACCAUGUCCGUCUGCUCCAGCGCUUGCUCCGACUCCUGGCAGGUGGACGACUGCCCAGAGAGCUGCUGCCAGCCCCCGUGCUGCGCCCCCAGCUGCUGCACCCCGGCCCCCUGCCUGACCCUGGUCUGCACCCCAGUGAGCUGUGUGUCCAGCCCCUGCUGCCAGGUGGCCUGUGAGCCCAGCCCCUGCCAGUCAGGCUGCACCAGCUCCUGCACACCCUCAUGCUGCCAGCAGUCUAGCUGCCAGCCGGCUUGCUGCACCUCCUCCCCCUGCCAGCAGGCCUGCUGUGUGCCUGUCUGCUGCAAGCCCGUGUGCUGUGUGCCCGUCUGCUGCAAGCCUGUGUGCUGCAAGCCCGUGUGCUGCGUGCCUGCCUGCUGUGAGGAUUCCUCCUCAUGCUGCCAGCAGUCUAGCUGCCAGCCGGCUUGCUGUGCCUCCUCCCCCUGCCCGAAGGCCUGCUGUGUGCCCGUCUGCUGCAAGCCCGUGUGCUGUGUGCCUACCUGCUGUGAGGAUUCCUCCUCAUGUUGCCAGCAGUCUAGCUGCCAACCGGCUUGCUGUGCCUCCUCCCCAUGUCAGCAGUCCUGCUGUGUGCCCGUCUGCUGCAAGCCUGUCUGCUGUGUGCCCACCUGCUCUGGGGCUUCCUCUCUGUGCUGCCAGCAGUCUAGCUGCCAGCCGGCUUGCUGCACCACCUCCUGCUGCAGACCCUCCUCCUCCGUGUCCCUGCUCUGCCGCCCCGUGUGCAGGCCUGCCUGCUCUGUGCCCGUCCCCUCCUGCUGUGCCCCCGCCUCCUCCUGCCAGCCCAGCUGCUGCCGCCCGGCCUCCUGCGUGUCCCUCCUCUGCCGCCCCGCGUGCUCCCGCCCGGCCUGCUGAGGCCUCUGCUCAGGCCAGGAGUCCAGCUGCUGACGGGCAGGUCCAUGUCUCCAGAGUUGUUUCAGGGCCAUCUCCGACUUCCGGAAAUCCUGGCAGCCCUGAGCCCUGGCGGAGUCUCCUCUGCCCAGGGCCUCCGCGUCUCCCGUCAGCAGUGCUGAGCCUUCAUGGUCAAGUUCCCUCCCGGCACUCGUCUCUCCCACACCCUCCGCCCCAUCCUGGCCAGCCGGGGCCGCUGUGUCCUGCCCUAUGUGAGUGAUCAGUCUGUCAACAAAUAAAGCCACCACUCUGCCUUCUCAGAGGCCUUUUUUGUGUAUCUGGCAGACCCUGGGGAAAAGCUCCCAUGUGCUGUGUGGGAUGGGCGCUUUGGGACUCGCCUGGAGCUGCGUCCAGGGUGACAGCAGCCCUGACCUCCCACUGUGCUGGGCCUGCUGCUGUGGGGUUCCCUGCCAGCCUCAGCAUGUCCAGGCCCUGGGUGUGCCCUUGUCUGUGAAUCUCCCACACCCACAGGGCCUGGCCUCUCCCUGGGCUCCUGCCUCUCUGUCCUCUGCCUGUCUGACCCCCGCUCACCCUCUUCUCCCCAGCUCUCUCUUACUAAAUAAAAUAACUAUUUCUCAUUCCUGGAA